CGUCAAAACACAUCACAUCUAGCCAGCAGAUGAAAAAAUUUCAUUCGCGAAUGUGCAAGAAGAGGUGUAGAGCAGAAGUGCAACGCGAAAUCAACAAAUUGAGUAGAACAAUUUCUGCUAAUUGCUGUUUCUGCUGCCCCGUGGCCACAGGCUAGUGAACAAGUUUCCCCAAGUAUCGCAGUUUGCUCGGAUCGGUAGUCGAAUAAUUCGUGAGAAACGCGAAAACAACAGUCGAAACCAGGAAGAGGUAUUUGCAAAAACAAGAAAAGCUGCUGCUGCUUCAGGUUGGCUGGAGGCGAGGAGCAGGAAAAAAUGUUGACAGAAUGGCCCACGCAACCAGUUUAUUGAGUUCCGGAAUCUCACGCCGCAAUCCAGAGGACGAGUACGAGCUAAUCCACAAGAUUGGCUCCGGAACUUAUGGCGAUGUGUACAAGGCAAAGAAACUCCAAUCGAACGAACUAGCGGCGAUCAAGGUGAUCAAGCUUGAGCCGGGCGAUGACAUCCAGAUCAUCCAGCAGGAGAUCGUGAUGAUGCGCGACUGUCGCCAUCCAAACAUUAUCUCCUACUAUGGUUCGUACCUACGCCAUGACAAGCUGUGGAUAUGCAUGGAGUACUGCGGCGGUGGAAGUUUGCAAGACAUCUAUCAGGUUACCGGACCGCUAACCGAGCUGCAGAUUGCCUACAUGUGCCGCGAGACAUUGCUUGGACUGUCCUAUUUGCACUCUAUGGGUAAAAUCCAUCGGGACAUUAAGGGAGCGAAUAUUCUGCUGACCGAGAAGGGCGAUGUGAAACUGGCGGAUUUUGGUGUGUCGGCUCAGAUUACGGCGACGAUCAACAAGCGAAGAAGUUUCAUAGGGACACCUUAUUGGAUGGCACCGGAAGUGGCAGCUGUUGAGCGGAAGGGUGGUUAUAACCAUCUCUGUGAUAUUUGGGCGUGCGGCAUUACCGCCAUCGAACUUGCCGAGCUGCAACCACCCAUGUUCGAUCUCCAUCCGAUGCGAGCUCUGUUCCUUAUGUCCAAGAGUGGUUUCAAGCCCCCUACGCUCAAGGACAAGGACCGUUGGAGUCACAACUUUCAUUCGUUUCUGAAGGUGGCGCUGACGAAGAACCCGAAGAAACGACCAACGGCCGAACGGUUGUUGCAGCAUGGUUUCUUUCAGUCGGAGAUGUCCGUGCGGCUGGCGAUGGAGCUGCUCCAGAAGUACCACAGUCCGCAUCAAAGCUAUUUCUAUCACGAUGUCGAAGAAGAAGGGGCGGUCGCGAUAGGACCUCAAAGGAUUACGAGUAAAAUGCAUUCACCUAGUCCGGUGUAUUUAUGCAAGCCUUCGUUGGAGAAUGAGCGAUCAUCUAGUCCAGAAACUCUACCUAGUGAUAUGAGUCUAUUGCAUUAUAUAGACGAGGAGUUGAAGUUAAGGCGGACCUUACCGCUAUCGAAUCUUCCGAACGAUUCGCUGACAUCCAGUGAGUGCUCCUGUGUCGGCGAAAGUUACGACAAUAAUGGGCGAGAUGACUCCACGCUCAGUUAUUCGGAUAUCGAUGAGUUGAACGCACGCAUGGAAAAGCUGAAUGCGCAGAAUGGAACGAGCCAGGAGGAGACGCAAAGUAAACGACGAUCGAUGGAUCAACUGACCGGACUGUUCAACGAUCUUGAGAAGUCUUCCAGGCAACGUAGUUUGAGCGACGGCGAUGGUAGUAAUGACAACGAAGCCCAACCGGACUUGUUGAACAACACACCGCCAGUGCCACCGAAACGCAGCCAUCGCAGCCGCCGCCAUACACCACCUCGCCCAGUGUCCAACGGGCUACCGCCGACACCAAAAGUUCACAUGGGUGCCUGCUUCUCGAAGGUUUUCAACGAUUGUCCGCUGCACAUUCACUGUACCGCCUCGUGGAUCCACCCGGAUACCCGGGAUCAACACCUGCUGAUCGGAGCCGAGGAGGGUAUUUUCAAUCUGAACAUGAACGAACUGCAUGACGCCGCGAUCGAGCAGCUGUAUCCACGGAGGACCGUGUGGCUGUACGUUAUCAAGGAUAUCCUGAUGUCGCUUUCGGGGAAGACAACGCAGCUGUACAGGCACGACCUGAUGGCGCUCCAUUCCAAGCAAACGCAUCGAUUUUCGCUGCACAUGAAAAAGAUUCCGGAGAAGCUGGUUCCGCGGAAGUUUGCUCUCACGACCAAGGUGCCCGAUACCAAAGGUUGUACGCAGUGCUGUGUUACGCGGAAUCCCUACAACGGGUACAAGUAUUUGUGCGGGUCUCUUCCGAGUGGAAUCUUCUUGAUGCAAUGGUACGAUCCACUAAACAAGUUCAUGCUGCUGAAGCAAUGCGACUGGCCUUCUGGUAAUUUACAAUACUAUGGUGUCAAUUCGAACGUGUUCGAGAUGAUUAUCACUCCAGAGUUGGAAUAUCCAAUUGUUUGUGUGAAUGUGCGGAGGGGGCCAAACGACAGUCUGAAGUUGGAUUUGAUCAAUACAAACAAUACUUCCAGUUGGUUCAACUCCAAUGCGGAAGAGAUGGACGGAAUGGCCACGGUGAUAAAUAGAAGGGAUACCUUAAGACCAAUUAAAGUGCAUCAGAUUGAGAGGGAUGCGAUACUGGUGUGCUACGAUAAUGUCGUACAAAUUGUAGACGUUCUUGGUUUUUCAAAACAUAGCAAAAAAUAUAUUUCACGUUUGGAAUUUAGCUAUAAUAUCGAUACCAUAGUUUGUCUCACGGAUAGCGUGUUAGCGUUUCAUAAAAACGGCAUGCAGGGUCGAUCUUUGCGAAACGGGGAGAUUACUCAAGAGAUUACUGACACCAGUCGGAUAUACGAGCUGAUCGGGAGUGACAACCGAAUUGUGAUGCUGCAAAGCCGCAUCAUGCGGGCGGAAUCUAUGGAGGGUUCUAGCGAGGAGGGCCAUGAUUUGUACGUGGUAGCAGGACACGAGGCCAGCUACUAGGAAGGAUGCAGUGCUCUUCGGUGAGUGCAAAUAUCAGGAGAACAAUUAUAGCUGUACUACUAGUAGAAACUACACAAAUUUAGGGCGAUCCUGAGUAUAUCCGAGCAAACAGAACAAACGUUUCAUAGUUUGGAACGAAAGUACUAAAAUAUACAUAUAGUUUAACACAAUUAGAAAACAAACAAAUCAGAAGGCGAACAAAAGAAAAAUCGGGAAACAAUGUAUAGUGCGAGAGUAAUCGAACGGAUGAGUAUUUAAAGUUCUUAUUAGAUAUAUUAGAUAUAUCUCUAUAGCACUACGUAAGCUAAAUUAAGAGGAUAAAAGCAAAAUUAUUAGGAGAAAAAUAACAAAAAAGAGUAAUUACACAUUCAAAUCUAGUUAUUAAACGAUAGAGUGUGGGAAGACAGUUAGCGUAUGCAAAAGAGUUUUUUUCCGGUUGGGUUGUGUACGAAUUGCGGUUGAUUUCACGCGCUAUCGUCAGGUAUUGUAUUUUUGAUGGGACAGCGGAAGUACAGAAACGAUAUGAUAGUCUGUUUUAUGAUGAAAAUAUAAUUGUAGCAAGUUAGCGUAUUCUUCUUGUAAGUUUGUUUCGAUUUUCAAGGUUGUUUUUUGCUGAGCUACCUUGAAUAUUCCACUGAAUUGUAAACAAAAGUUUAUCUCUGUAUAUUUAUGUAAUUUUUUAUGUAGAUAUUUUUUAUAUCUAAUGUAGGAAAUGCUCCCUGUUUUAAUUUUUCGCAUUUCGUUGUCAUCCAGAAAAGUUGCCGGUAAAGUUGGACAAACAAUUUAGCAAUCAAAUGUAAAACCCCAAACCACGAAAGCAACAUGAAAUAGAACGAAAAUUUUGAAUCCAAUCAAUCACAAAAAGAUAGAAACAGAUUUAAUAUUUUAAUAAAGUUUUUCUGGAAAAUAGCAUUACAUGAAUAAAUGAAUGAUGAAAUCAUACACCUAUAUAUAUAUGGAAACAGAAAAUGAAAAAGGACAAAAUUAAAUGAUAAAUGACACUGAAAGAAAAUAUAUUUUAUAUCAUGUAAUGGAAACAAAUUCUCUAUGUCGACAAAUAAAAGGCAAGAUUCAAUUCUGAUCAGCAGGAAAACUGACACUAUAAAACAUUAAACAUUCGUAAUCGUCUGUAACUGAAAAAAAUAUACAAACAAACCAGUCGUACUAUUCCACAUACUGUAGCAAUAGAAAAAAGGUCAAACCAUAAUGAAGAACACGGAUGAAAAGUUAGCAAUUGCAUUUAUUUUUUGAGAUCAGUUUACAUUUACAGAGAAAACGCGUCUUUAAUUUGUCACCAUGUGAACUAUCGGCUUAGACUAUUUUAACAUUUGUUGCACAACUCAUGAACUAUAGAAGUUCGAAAUAUCAAUUAUAUUUAAUUGCGGAUGUAAGAAUUGUAUCAUUUUUAGGACAGAUUUUUCACAUGAUGCAAAUUGAAGCUCGUAAAAUAUUUGAUCCAGAAUACCACCAUUCUCCAUUUACUCGAUUACACUCCAAAGCUCUUUUCGUGUGUAACAAGUAGCUUGUGAUAAAAUACCUUAAACUAAAAUAAAUUCUUUUUGGUCAGACCACUGCCGCCGCCGUUCGGAAGGCAACCCUAACCAAUGCGUAGCUGAUAGCAGAAUUACCGGUAAUCCCUGUUCGAAGCAUUCAGAGCUUUAUUGUGAAUUCACUCAUAGUCACUGAAGUCGUUAAUUAUAAUGUGUUCUAUACCUGUUACAUUCGAACUUAAUACAAACAAAAACAAACUCAGAUAUUUGUGAUUAGUAUUUGUUUUCGUCAACACGAAGAUUGAACAAUAACUCACACAAGAACAAGAUAUAGAGUGUAUCGAACUGUACCUCUCGGUAAAAAGAACCGGGAUCGGAUACAAUUUUCCGUAUACACCACGAUUGUGGAGAAUCAAAAUAAACAAAUUUCUUCUUAGCAGCUCAGAAAACAAGAUUAAGCAAAACAGAAAAAAAUAGAUAAACAAGAAAGUCUCCUUCCACACUGAAUGUCCCGUUCCCACUAAAUCCUUUUGAUCCUCUCACACCUCAAAAAAAAAGAACAGAAAACACAAUUCUUGUAAAUGUCGUUAUAAUCAAUACAAAGUUUAACCAAGAUGCAAUAAUUUUACAAAGGAAAAAAAGUACAUUGCAAAACAAGAAGUUGCAAGACAACGCGGACAGACAGCUAGGGAGAGACUAUCGGGAGCAGAGCAGUUAUCGCGGGAAGAAGAUAUCGAUAGUUAGUGAUAGUAGAAGAAUAAAUUGUUUUUUGACAUGA